AUGUCCAGGCUUCCAAUUUCCAAGCCUGAUGUGAUCUCUCAGUUGGAGCAUGGGGAGGAGCUGGAGAGAGAAGUCUCAGAAGCAGCCAGUCCAGGCUGGGAGACAAUACCAGAAAGCAAGGAGCUAACUCCAGAAAAGGACUUUUCCAAGGAGGAAUCAACCUCUGGCGUGUUAAUAGAAAGAAUUCAUACAGGAGAAAAACCCUACAAGUGUAAUGAUUGUGGUAAAGCCUUUAGCCAGAGCAUACACCUUACUCUGCAUCAGAGAAUUCAUACUGGAGAGAAACCCUACAAGUGUCAUGAAUGUGGGAAGGCCUUCAGCCACCGCUCAGCCCUUAUUCGGCAUCACAUAAUUCAUACUGGAGAGAAGCCUUAUGAAUGCAACGAAUGUGGGAAGGCCUUUAAUCAAAGUUCAUACCUCACUCAACAUCAGCGAAUUCACACUGGAGAGAAACCUUAUGAGUGUAAUGAAUGUGGGAAGGCUUUCAGCCAAAGUACAUUCCUCACUCAACAUCAGGUCAUUCACACUGGAGAGAAACCUUACAAGUGUAACGAGUGUGGCAAAGCCUUUAGCGACCGUUCAGGCCUUAUUCAGCACCAGAGAACUCAUACUGGGGAGAGGCCUUAUGAGUGUAAUGAGUGUGGGAAAGCCUUUGGCUACUGUUCAGCCCUGACUCAGCACCAGAGAACUCAUACUGGAGAGAAACCCUAUAAGUGCAGUGAUUGUGCCAAAGCCUUCAGUGACCGCUCAGCCCUUAUUCGUCAUCAGAGAACACACACUGGAGAGAAACCUUAUAAAUGUAAGGACUGUGGGAAAGCUUUCAGCCAGAGCUCAUCCCUUACAAAGCAUCAGAAGACUCACACUGGAGAAAAACCCUACAAGUGUAAGGAAUGUGGAAAAGCCUUCAGCCAGAGUUCAUCUCUUUCUCAGCAUCAGAAAACUCAUGCUGGAGGGAAAAUCAAGGAAUAUGGACAAGCCUGUAGUGAGUAUUCAGCCUUUGGCCAACAAAAGAGAAUCCACACUGGAUAA